CACACACACACACAACACACACAGCUGUUUUCAGUCGAUCAUGUGAUCUGUUAUUGAUUCAUUCUUUGAGUAAAUCUUAACUGAUUUAUUAACUGAUUGGAAGAUCAAACGUCUCAAAGGCGUGGCCACGCCCCCCGUCAGUGGUGUUACAGGUGUUCUCUGUUCAUUCACGUUCAGGCUCAUUUUUCUUCUGAAGGUUCGGUGAAGGCGGCGGCGGACGAUGACCUCGCCCUCCAUCUUCUUCGCUGGUGUUUCUGAAUAAACGCCGUCAGCGAGGCGUCGGCUUCAGCCUCGACUGUCGACUGCAGAUUCAUCUUCAGCUGCCGUCGCUCCGGCUCAGAUUAAACACUGAAUCAUUCAGGGUCAAACACUGAAUCAGGAACAAACAGCAGGAAAAGUCUCCCUCAGGAAAAGGACAGAGGUCCCAGGUGAAGGUGGCGAGGCGGCUCAGUAGUCAGUGGUCACUCUGGGUCGCCGGUUUGAUUCCCGGCUCCUUUGCCUUCCUGCUGCACCUGAAAAGAUCGAAUGACAUUUGAAUAAUGAAGGUGCUGAUGUUGUUGCCGUGGUUUGUGUAACGGUGGGAUCAGAGCCGUGUUUGGUGAAGUGGCAGCAGCGGUUUGACAUUUAGCCGUUAAUGAGAGCAGAGAUGAAGCAGCAGAGACGGAGCCGGUCGAGCUGCAGGUCGCCUCACCGAGCAAAUCAGACAAGGAAAAGGGCAAAACGGUUUCCUCCUGCGUCAUCAUUAAACACAGUCCAGUCUGAGGUCAGCUGCUGCCUCCAGGUGAAGAGCAUGAUGGGAGAUUCAUCAACAAACAACAUUCAAAUCAAACAGAAAGAAGGAAUCCUCAGAGCUCCUGACCUCUGACCUCUGACCUGGGGCAGGAGGCAGCUGCAGUUUGAUCAGCAGGUGGAGACUGAAGCUGAUGAUGAGGGUGAAAAUCAGACACAGGUAACGAACCUCAGGAGGGUUUUCCACGCUGACCUCAGAGUGACGGGCUGACCCUCGCAGAGCGCCGCCGUCAGUCUGAGGCCGCGAGCGUGUGACCCACGACACACUGACUACAAACCUGCUGUACAGAGGAUCAGAGCGGCACGAGCACAGAGGGCGCGGCGGCCAUCUUUCCUCUGUCUGUUGUCCACCAUCACAGUAAUGAAAGGAUCGUCUCGCUCAGUGUCUCUGCUCCCUCAGCAGUGAGUCACAGUCUGACCUUUGACCUCUGAACAACAACGCUCGGGUCCUCGGGGUGUUUGCGUGUAAACAUUUGGUAUCGACCUGUUCAAUAUUAACCACACACACACAUCAUCAAUCACCGCGGCACCAUCCACACGUUUUAUCUGAUGUGCUGCAUACAUGAAUAAUGAGAGAGCGGGCGUCUGUCAGCAGAGACAUCACGCAGCAGGAGGAGCAGACGCUAUAAAUACAGGACAGAGAGGAGGAGGACGACGAAAGCCAAGCUGCUGGAACAACACCCACCACUCUGGAGCUGAAAUCAGACACCACAGAAGAAGAAAGGAAGAAACUGAAUAUUUCUGCAGGAUCUUAAAUUAUUUCUGUUGAAGUUAGACGUUUUUUAAACUUAAUUCUGGUGAUGGAGAGCGUGCGAGCCGUGGUCUACCUGUCCGUCUGUCUGUCCGUGCUGACAUCACUCUGUCAGGGUCAAAGGUCAGCUGACAGCCAGCUGCCCUCCGCGCCGGACGAGCCGGUCCUCGGACUCACAACCAGAGACCUGGCUGAAGCGCUGCAGGGUUUCCUGGAUGAAGCUGACAGCAGGGCCGGUCUGUCUGUGGAGAAGAAAGCCAGCGUCAUCCCACGGUGUGAUGUUGGUGAACGAUGUGCGAUGAAACACGGACCUCGAAUCGGCCGACUGUGCGACUGUCUGAGAGGAACGGCCUGCAACACCUUCUUCCUGCGCUGCUACUGACACACACACACACACACACACACA